AUGGAGUGUGGUACUAUUCCCCUUCUCCUCUAUGUGGAUGAUAUGAUUAUCAUUGGAGAUGACCCCGUGGGUAUUUCUAGUCUCCAACAGUUUCUCCGUCACCAGUUUGAGAUGAAAGAUUUGGGUUUGCCUAGCUACUUCCUUGGCAUGGAAAUUUCUCAAGAUUCAUCUGGUUACUUUCUUACCCAGGCCAAUUAUAGUUCUGAUCUCUUAGCUUGUGCUGGCCUUACUGAUUGCAAUACUGCCACUACUCCGUUGAUCUUUAGACUCCUAGUUGGCAAUCUUGUCUGUCUCACGGUUACUCAUCCAGAUAUUACUUAUGCUGUUCACAUUGUCGGUCAAUUCAUGACUGCCUCCCACUCUCCACACUAUGAUACUCUGAUUCGCAUUUUACACUAUCUUAAAGGAACUCUGUUUCGUGGUCUUCACUACUUCACCUAG